UCCCUUGCCGCCGCCGCCGCCGCCGUCGCCGCCGGCGAAAUGCUCCGCUUCCGCAGCUGCAUCCUCCUCACCCGUCUCCUCUCUUCUCCCACCGCCUCUCCCUCUCAAGGAUCCUCUCUCCGCCGCCUCCUCGCCGCCGCCGCUGCCCCCCGCAUUUCACCGAACCCUAGGUUCGCCGUGGAGGAGUAUCUCGUCUCCACCUGCGGCCUCAGCCGUGCCCAGGCACUCAAGGCCUCCGCCAAGCUCUCCCACCUCAAGUCCCCCGCCAAGCCCGACGCCGUCCUCGCCGUCCUCGCCUUCCUCGCCGGCCUCGGCCUCUCCGCCGCCGAUGUGGCGGCCCUCGUCGCCAGGGACCCGCAGUUCCUCUGCGCCAAAGUGGAGACGACCCUGUCCCCCAAUGUCGCGGGGCUCACCAGCAUCGGCCUGUCAAAUGCUGAGAUCGCGCGACUCGUCUCGCUCGCCCCCGGCUACUUCCGCAACAGAUCGGUCGUCUCCAAGCUAGAGUACUACCUGCCGCUCUUCGGCUCCACCGGCGACUUGUUCCGGGCGCUGAAAUACGCCUACGGCUUGCUCGGCUCUGACCUCGAGAGGGUGGUCAAGCCCAAUGUCAAUCUCCUAGCAGAGUGCGGGCUAGGUGCUUGUGAUAUUGCCAAGCUCUUCAUCGGUGCGCCGAGGAUGUUUAGCGCCAAACCAGGGCGCGUUCUAGCGAUGGUUGCGUGCGCCGAAGGUAUAGGUGUGCCCCGUGGCUCUGGAAUGUUCAGGCAAGCGCUGCAUGCUGUCUCAUACUUGAGCGAGGACAAGCUCGCUGCCAAAGUGGACUACUUGAAGAAGACAUUUAGGUGGUCAGAUACGGAGGUCCGCAUUGCUGUGUCCAAGAGGCCGGUUGUGCUGAGGAGGUCAAAGGACACGCUGCAGCGCAUGUCAGAGUUCCUUAUCUCUGAGGUGGGGUUGGAACCAGCGCGCAUUGCUCACUUGCCGGUUAUGCUCGGUCUUAGCCUGGAGGGCCGGCUCAGGCCCCGGUACUAUGUUAUGAGGUUUCUUAGGGAAAAUGGAUUGCUCAAGCGCAACCAAAGCUACUAUACAAUUGUUAAAUGGACUGAGAAAGAGUUCUUGGACAAGUUCAUAUGCCCUCACAAGGACGCUGCACCAUACCUUGCUGAAGACUAUGCAAGCACUUGCAGAGGGGAAGUGCCUGCGAGAUUCAUAUUUGCAUGAACCAAGAACAGGCUAUGAAAAUUGGUAACUGUGUGCGAAACAACAGAAUUUACACUCGUCGUAUUAAGCUGGUAAUUCAUGAUUAGGUGUUCUUCUCAUGAUUGAAGUUUGGUUUUGUCGUGGCCAAUGCUUGACGUAACUGAUAACUUGAUUUCUGCACCCCCAGUAUGUUGAUUUCGUCAUUUUGUAGAGAAGAAAGCUUGAUGUGAUUGAUCUAUUUUCAUGUCAAAUUUAUCUAGCAUGUUCAGUUUUCAUUUCAUCGUCUUUUUUGUUCUGUUAUAUGCCAGUUAGUACUGAAGUUGCAGUUCAUUGUUUAGUAUUCUGAUUAUGCUUAGAAAAUAUAUUUAUAUUAUGCCACCAUCUGCUCUUCGGCGGGUAAUGCACCAUUACAGCCUGGAGAGCCCGCUCAGACGCUGAUUCUAUCUAUGGUAUAAAGUUUCUUAAGGCAAAUGGAUCACUAGGUGAGGGAGAAGGUAUUUGUUGAUAGCCUUACAAGGAAGCUCCCUUGUAAGGCUGAGCUACUAUAGCAGAAUAGUGGUGAGGGAGAAGGUAUUUGUUGGUAGCCUUACAAGGAAGCUGCCUCGCCCUGCUGAAUACUAUGCUGCCGCCUGCGGAAGGCAAUUGUGCACUAGAUUCAGAUUUGCCUGAUAAAAGAACAAUGUACUAAAUUUCAAAAGUAGCCAGUGAGUUCUUUUUCUCCUGACUAAAAGUUUGAUUUCUUAACAUGUUGGUAUACUUUUGCAAUAUUUGUCUGAAGCUGAGUAUUCAUUUAUAUAGAAAGUAAGAGAUGUUGGUAUCUUGGAUAUUACUUCCAUAGCUUGUCCUGCCUUGCAUCUGUGUCCUCUAGCACAAAAGGAAGCUGUCAAAUGAAUUAGAGCAGUUCUCAGCUAGCGAUUCAUCUGUUGCCCUGCCAAAAAAUCAGUUUAACAAGUGAAUAUAUUAUGCAUAGUUUAUACUUGUUGUCUUCAUUGGUUGGCAUCAAGGAUCAGGCCAUAGUGGUGAGAAUAACUGGCCACCCUAUUUGAUGCGGCAGAUAUGAUAAGAGGGAAUAGCAGGGGUUGGUUUGGUUGGCAUGGCCCAAAUUGUUAUCAGGUAAAAAUGAAUUGAAAUAUUCUGCUCAUAAUUUAUACUUCCAUUUUGUUUGUUUACCUCAUUGGGUUUGGUCGGUGUGCUUUAUGCUUUGAUUUGGAAUGUGGCAUCUACAAUAUGUUAGGUGGCAUUGUGGUGUCGACAUGAAGAGUGAAAGAAUGCUUUACCACUUGGUACUGUUUCUGACUUAAAUGAUUGUAAUUGGUCACUACUUUAGUAGAACCGUGUAGCUGAUAAACAGGCAUUAUGCUAUUAAUAUACUCGAUCCCGUACAGAGUUUAGUGUCCCAUUUUGUAAUCUUAGUUGGACAGUGAUAUUCUUAAAUGUGUUAACUUAUUGUUGUGAAUGAUUUCAUUAUGUAAUCUAAAUAUCUGAUUAUGCUUAGGUGCCAUCUGCACAUAAUAUUGUUUCUGCUGCCACUAUUUUUCUUCAAGUAUCUUAGGUGCCAUCUGCACAUAAUAUUCAGACAGGCUCUGUAAGUACUUUUCCUUCUGGUAUCUGUUGUGUAUUAUCUUUUGUGCUCCCUGCAUAAUAUAUACAACCCAUGGAUUUCGAGUCGUUCGACUAGUCGCGACUAGUCGACGACUAGUCUAUGAGUCGCAAAAAUAUGGUCGACUCAGCUUAGUGUCGACUCGCGACUCUGAGUCGCGACUAGUCACAACGCAGGCUCGACUUCUUCCGAGUCGCUGCCCCAGAGCGACUCGCAUGAGUUGCGACUCAAAAACCAUGAUACAACCUUCUAUUAGUAUUGUUCCUUCAGGGCUAAUGAUAUCUCUUUGCAUUUGCACGUGUGUUAGCUAAUGCCUUGGCUGAAUUGGUUUUUCAUCUGAAAACUGUAUUGGAGGGCCGGCAACACUUGAUUUUGUUUUACCUAUAACCAAGUAUCAACUUAGAAGUUAUUCGGUGAACCUUAGAGCAAUGUGCGAAAUCAUAUUGUCAAAUGAAAUCUCACAUAGCCUUCGUUCGAGCUAUGCUGCAUGGUGAUGGGAGGGUUGCUGGUCCGCGACAUUUUUCGUUGUCAGAUAGUGGUGUUAGCAGAGUGUAUUGAUAGUUUAACAGACAAUACAGUGAAGGUCAGAGCUUCAACUACGAGUUAUUGUAGAACAUUCUCAUGGUAUGAUGUGCGCUUCGUCGAUAGCUUGCAGUUCCCACUUAUGCAAGUUGAUCAGAUUUUGUCGAUAAAGCUGAUUUUUCCUGAGCUUAUAAUCCUUGCUCUGUCAAGCAAAGCAUCUUAUUGAAUUUAAGCAGUCCCCACUUAUGCAAGUUGAUCAGAUUUUGUCGAUAAAGCUGAUUUUUCAUGAGCUUAUAAUCCUUGCUCUGUCAAGCAAAGCAUCUUAUUGAAUUUAAGCAGUCCCCACUUAUGCAAGUUGAUCAGAUUUUGUCGAUAAAGCUGAUUUUUCCUGAGCUUAUAAUCCUUGCUCUGUCAAGCAAAGCAUCUUAUUGAAUUUAAGCCUUGCAUUGCUAUAUUUGAGACUUCUGCCUUCAACUGUUUUUUGCUAUCAGCUGAGCAAACUGUGACAUUUUCUGAACAAGAUGCCCCCCCGCGCGGUUCUUGGCUUCAAUUUGGCAGAGUACCAUGGUAUCUGAAGGCAACCGUGUCUACCAAGCUUCAUACACUACCUAAGUUCCCUUCUAUUCUGUUAUAAUACAAAGGACAAUAUGUUCAGCACUUGGUACGGCAGUGGCCGUUUCAUAAACUGGUUGUGGAAAAUGGAUAUAUCUUUCCUGGAAAAGAAAAUUAGGUAAGUGAAUUUUGGUAGGGCAUUGGCAGUAGAAAAUGGGUAUCUUGCCUGAAUUUUUUUCAAUGCGUGGAUUAGAUAGCUUGCAAGGAAGCCUUUUAAAAAAAGUCUUCAGGUCAAUGACUACUGAAGUAUGAAUUUGUACUUGUGACAUUUUACUGAAAUCUUGAAUUCGCCGUUUACAUUUAGACAUUUGUACUGAAAUGCUCUUUAGGAUUCUGUUGGAUGCC